UACUCGCAUACUAUUGAGCAUCAUGACAACCCAUACCGAUAAUAGCCUCACUAUCCGAAUCCUAACCCACAACAUCCGCACCAGCCUCACCUUAUCCCUCGACCCCAAAAAGCGCUGGGGAAUUCGAAAACAAUACAUCAUCAACCAACUACACUUUGAAACAAUCCAUAUCCCUGAAGCCAUAAUCUGUCUGCAAGAGGCUCGCCAUGGCCAGCUCCAAGAUAUACUCAACGGCUUAAACAGCCGAUCUCCAACUGUGUCAUGGAAGUCCGUCGGCUGCGGUCGCGAUGGUGGCGAGUGGGGUGAAUAUUCACCAAUCAUAUACCGAUCGAGUAUAUGGGAUGUUGAGUGGUCUGCGACGAAAUGGCUAUCGGAUACUCCCGACAAACCGUCGUAUAGUUGGGGAAGUUGGUAUAGGAGGAUUGUUACUUCUGGUGUGCUUCGACAUAAAGAAACGAAUAGACGGAUCCUGGCGAUGAAUACGCAUCUUGAUGAUAGUAGCGUUGAGUCACGAUUUAAAGGUGCUCAUUUGAUCUUGAAAUGGGUCGACGAGUGGUUGAAAGAGUCCAAAGGGGAAAUCGCUGGCCUUUUUCUCGCCGGAGAUUUUAAUACCGAAUCUCAAGACCAGAGUGAUGCAUAUGGUGUAUUGACAGCCCCGAAUGCUUUGUCGGAUUCGAAGGCUCAUGUUGACGAGAGUCACCAAUAUGGGAAUAAGAAUUCCUGGACUGAUUUCAAUGAUGACCCGAAUGAAGAUGCGCUCUAUGAUUAUAUUCUGGUUGGUCCUGUUACAGAUGAAUGGACACCAUGGAAUGUUGAAACAUAUGCCAUUCUGCCCAACAAGUUCGAUGAUGGUGUUUUUAGUUCUGAUCAUAGGCCGGUUGUUGUCGACGUGGGAUUGUCGUCUUAUGAUUGUGAUGGGAAGACAUACUAUGUGACAUAGCAAGACUUUAUGAUUAUAGGGAGAAAUGGAGACUUGUUUUAGUAGUGUACAUGAUGCAGACAGAUAGAAUUUCCAUGCACAUACCGACAACACAGGAUGCAUAAUCUCAUCUAGAAUCAAAAGGCCACAACCGAUCAGCCUUUUCCACCGUCAACUCAUCGCCUUGAGCCUCGGCCUCUCUUGCAGUUUCCAUCCAUUCAUGAUAGGCAGUCUUAUGCGCAUCCUUUGCAGCAUCCCAAAAUUCGUUCGGAACCCAUCCAUCAGAAUCCGUAUUAAGUGAGUUUUUGAGCCACAACUUUAGUCGCUGGACUGUCUCAAAAUCCUCAUAGU